AUGGCGGGGCACGGCGGGGGACAUGCAAGGAGCUUCGGCAACUCGGCCAAUGACGGCAAUGAGGAAAGCUGGCUGCGUUUCGCCCCAAAUCCGUCUUCCCCUUUGAGCCGAAUCCAGACCUCUCGUCCGACGUCACCCCUUUCUCACACUGCUCCUAUCUGCCUUACUUCUCAGUGCUCAUACUUACAGCCCGGCUCAAGUCAGGUUGACUGUCAGACAUUCAGCCAGUCCAUCAGUCACACUGUCAGUCACCUUACCCCCCCCAGAGCAUUCCGUUCCCCCACACCAAGCACGCCAAGCACAUCAACAAGGAGAAAGGGCCUCCUCUACACGGAACAGACCACGAGGGGAGGAAGACCAUUCAAAAGUAUCUGGUACUUGGGCCUGGAGCCCGUUCCGAACUAUUUUCAGCUUCCGAGGCUUGUUUUACCCACGGUCCUGGCCCCCCAGCCAAUAUUUCCUUCGCCCUGCCAUAGACACUCGCCUAAUGCCUUCCAUACCUACAACUGGCGUGACUGGCUGGGCGAAUGGAGGGCUGGCGAGUCACCCUCACCGCGUAAUCCACACUGUCCAUCAACUGGCCUGGGCCAGAGGUCAGAGGUACAAGCCUCGAAACAGAUGUAA